AUGGUCGAAGAAUAUUCACGUUACAUAAAACAAUCGAUUAAAUUUGACAACGAUGAUAGUAAAUAUUUAUGUGAAUGCAGUCAUUCGCAAUCAUUCGGAAAACAUUGUGAAUAUUUUUUACCAGUCGGUACAACAUUUGAUGAAACAAUUCAAUGGGAAUUGGAAAUGAAAUCAACUUAUCCAUGGAGAAUACAAAUGUAUAGUGAUAUUUUGUGUUAUACAACGUUGAUAUGUGAUUAUGGCCUUUUAUGUCUCGAUUGGCGAGAUAUUUGUGAUGGAAAACAACAAUGCAUGUCAGGUUAUGAUGAAGAAAAUUGUGACAAACUCGAAUUUAAUGAAUGUGACGAUGAUGAGUAUCGAUGUAUGAAUGGUAUGUGUAUUCCUGAUGAAUCUUUUCUCGAUGGUGAAUAUGAUUGUAUGGAUUUCACAGAUGAAAAGCAAUUAUUUGAUGAUAAAAAUUGUACGUAUCAAGCGGCAAAUCUUCAGUGUGAUGAUCGACUUUGUCUUCCUAAUCGAUGGUCAUGUGGUGAUGGUCAAUGUAUAAAACAGCGAUUCGAUUUUCAAAAUACAAAGCUAGUAGGUACCGAUUGUACGAGUAGACGUAGUGAAUACUACAUAUGUGAACUGUACGGCAGAUAUAAAAGAUGGACAUUACCCAAUGGAAAGUGUUAUCCAAGUAGUAGAUAUGAAGAAUCAAAUACUAAAAAUCGUACUAUGGUCCAAGAAUGUAUUUAUCUAGUGAAAUGUGCCCUCUCACAAGGAGCAGAGACGAAAUGUCCAUGCAAUGGUACUAGUUGUAUCGAUGCACUUAACAAGGCCUGUCCGCCAGUAAAUAUUCAAUAUCCAAACGGUAGCAUUAUUGCUCCAUAUAUUCGUCAUUUUUACAAUGCAACACGUAAUUGGAAACAGAAACUUUCAGAUUUAAUGGUGUUUAAUGCAACAAUUAAAUGUCGAGGAUAUAUGAUCUAUCAAUAUACAACAAUACUACCAUAUUUAUAUGGGUUCGAUCUCCGAGAUUUCGAAGUAUUUUUAUGUUCAAAUAGUUCGAUCAGCUCUAUUAUUCCUAUGAAUGGUUAUGAUAAGUAUUGUUACAAUGAUUCGAUAACUUUUAAUAAUCAUUCGUAUAAUUUCAUUGAUGUAUGCAAAUAUUCGAUGGAAUGCAUUUCCGCUUAUCGUAUCGGUGACGGAAUCGUCAAUUGUCAAGAUAAAAUGGAUGAAAACCAAAGUGAAAUUAAUAUUUCGAACAUUUGUCAAAAUGUAAAACGUCAUCGUUUUCGAUGUUCAUCCGAAGAGCCUAGUUGUUUAUAUGUCAUUAAUCUCGGUGAUUUCGAUUCGAAUUGUAACAAUAACUAUGAUGAAUCAUGGAUGGGAACAGACAUGAUGCUAUCAAAAGUCGAUUGUAAUAGUCAAUCAAAAGAUGGCUGUGAAUUCAUUCGUCAAUAUAUUAAUAUGUCAUGGAAUUCUAAUACAAAUAACAAUAAUAAUAAUAAUAAUAAUAAUUUUACUUUGCAGCUAAGUUCAGCACGAAUACCGUUUCGUGCUUAUUGUGAUACAUUCUGGGAUUUAUACUCAAAAGAUGAUGAAAAUGUAACUACAUGUCAAACAUGGUGGAUAUGUCUCGAAGAACAAUGGCAAUGUCGUACAGGACAAUGUAUCGACAAAAAAUGGGUACUCGAUGGUGAGUGGGAUUGUAUUGAUGCAUCAGAUGAAGAAAAUAUAUUUGCUUUUGAUACUAAUUUAUCUGAUCAUAAUACAAAAGUUUUCAAAAACUUCUCUGUACUACAAGAUAAAUUUAGACAUUUAUAUGGAAUUCAAGCAUUUUCGACAAUAUGUAAUUUGAGUAGAGAAUAUCCAUGUCUUCGAGUGAAUAUGUCCGAUGAUCUCUAUACAAUGUCACAUGAUCGACUUUGUAUCAGUUUAGAACAGAUUGGAGACGGUUAUCUAGAUUGUUUAGGAGGUGUUGAUGAACGAAAUUUUCAAGAACAUUGUGAUCGACCCGGAAUGCUCGGACGUGAUUUCUUGUGUGCAUCAAGUAAAACAUGGAUUGCACAAUCAUCUGCCUGUUCUGCGGAAUGUCCAGACACACAUGAAGCAUCAAUUGCAUGUACAAUAUAUGGAUAUAACAACGAUCGUCCGAAAUUAUUAAACAAACCGCGUAUAGCUAUUAUUUUAAGUGUAAUUUCAUUGGUCAUUAUUGGAACUAUGCAUUUUCAUGAACUUAUAGUUUAUACUGUUGCAAAUAUUCCAAAUAGGAAACCAUUCUGUGUCGGUAAUUUCGCUCGAUUUUCAACAUACAAUCGUGUUGCCAUAUUUAUCCACUAUGUCAUUCCAUUUUGUAUUCAAAUUGUCUCAAUUACUGUAUUGAUUGUACUUGCUGCAUAUAGUCGUUCACGUGUAACUAAGGAUCGAACAACGAUUGUACAACAUAUCAAGGAACAAUUCGUAAUUCACAAAGAAUUGUAUGUUACUCCGGCAAUAAUUAUAUUGAGUGUCAUACCACAUAGUGCUCUCACAUUCAGUUUGGCUUGUAAUGCACUCUCUGCAGCAUGGCAACGUCAUGCACUAAUUGUCACUUACUUUCUAUCAUACUUACCACAGUUACUUGGCUUUGUUCUGUUUGUUUUGCCAUCAACAAAGUAUUUAGAAGAGUUUCGAAAAACACAACUUGCUAAAACAUGGAUCUUUAGUUGGGUUACUGCUCGUAAGAAAAGAUUAAGACGCCUCAAAACUACUCAACUUCGUACUGUCAUCAGUGAACCAGCUAGGUUUUAA